AUGAAAGGUCGCAGUUGGAGCCCCGUUGGGGCUCGCCGGAGGGGGUUGAAGUCGUUCACAGCGCGGAUGACGCUUCGGCUCUUUGCAAUUGCUUCCAUCGUCGUCAUAUACCACUUACUGGACCUUCAUUUCCGAUAUCGAGAGUAUAUGAGAAUCAAGUAUCUCCCGACGCAGUUCGACUCCCUCUCAGAUUAUGACGAGGCAGUACUUACUAGCACUGGUUGGGAAGUCGACUCUCAUACCACAAAUGCUGAGCGCAGCAUCCUACUGGAUAACCGGCGUCAUUGGAAAAAGCUUGGAAGAGGUAGAGAGGGGGAAACGUUCGCAUUCAACAACACUGUCAUCAAAGUCUACAACGAGGAGACAAGUCCCUUUCGCAAUUGCAUUCAGGGUUCAGACGCGCCCCCGAGAAGAUGGCCUACCGAGAUCCCUGCCAGUCUGAUCAUGGGUGGACAUGAUGACGGCUCGACAUUGUUCGAUGAUGAGCAAUACAGAGAAUACUUCGUCCCAGUCAAGGACUAUUUCUUGGCCACUACGGAACCGUUGGGGUCCCCGCGAUGGCAUCUCGUCUCGCCAUUCCUCAAUUCAGGCACCCUAAAACACCUAGCAAAGAAGCUGCGUACGUCUAACAACCGGCACUCGUAUCGUGAGCUCGAUCAAAUGUUCAGACCAUCAUUCGAAUCUCUCCUCUCGGCACUCGACAGCUUGCACAUGGCACACGACCUCUGCCAUGACGACGUCAAGCUAGACAACAUCUUCGUGGCAUCCGAGCAUGAUCCUAGAAAGUGGAAAUUCGGCGACCUCGGCAACGCCCGCGAGCCCGAUCACCCAUAUCACUAUACGCCGCUGUGGAUCUCGGACACGCCUCAGCUUCGCGACUGCCGCGCUAACGAUGCGCUGCGCCUGACGAGAGUGUAUCUUCAAUUUCUUCGCGCCUCGAGCGGGGACCCUGAUGCGUUUGAUGAGGCCCUGAUCGGCGGCAUCGAUACACUGAGCAGAUUCUACUGGGUGGUUGCCCGCUCCCCGAUUCAGGCCUCGGCGGCACAGAUUUGGCAGCUCUCAGCUGUGUACCCGCCCCAAUUGGUUGGCGAGAAGACGCCGUGGAUGACGAUGCAGCCUGCCCAAAUCGACUUCUCCCGCGGCUGGGCACCAACGGCUGAGGCUGUAUUUGGUUGGAAGGGGUCGCUGAGAAGUGCCGUGAAAAAGGAGCUGAGAAUUGGAGCCAAAGAGAACAUGGGUAGGCUUUUCGGAUUGACCAGGAUUUUGGGCAUCCCAGUUGAAGCGUGCCAGGCUGUCUAA